AUGGGAGGCGAGAGGCAGCUCCCACGGGGCCCGCGCAGCGCGCCCCCGCCGCCCGCGUUCGACGCCGAGGUGUGCCGCGGGUGGCGCACGCUCCUCGAGGCCGAGGGGACACGCCGCGGCGCGCUCACCUUCGUCCUCGCGCACGCGAUCGCGCUCGCGUUCGGCUCGGAGGAGGGCUCCCAGCUCGUGGUCAGGGCGAUGGAGGUCGGGGACGGCGGGACGCGUCGCGGCUUGGCGGCGAGGUUCUCGGGGCGCAUGUUCGACAUGAUGGGCAGCCCGCACGCCAAGCGCGUGCUCUGGAGGUUGCUCGAGCUGGAGGACGUGGAGCAUCUGCUGGAUGCCGAGCUCGCCGAGGUCUGCAACCGUGCGCUCCCGCUCUCCUUCGAGUCGGAGGAGACCUCUAGGCGUGUGCAGAGGGCGAUGGAGGUGGCAGACGGUCCGAGGCGGUCUUCCUUUCGGAUGGCGUUCUCAGAGGGCAUCCUGGAGAUGGCAGUGGACUAUCACGCCAACUACGCGGCCCAGAAGGCGUUCCAGGUGGAGGAGGGAGAUCUGCUGACCUCCGAGGAGCUGUGCGCUCUGAUCCGUGGGCUCUGGGACCAGGUCGGGUUCGUCGUGCGCCACAAGACGGGCUGCCGCAUCAUCAGGGAGCUCGCCAAGUACCACUUGAAUCGGCUCGAAUGCGGAUGGCUCUUCAAGGAGGUUUUGAGCGAAGCUGUCGCCUUGUGCAGGCACGAAUUCGCGCACUACGCCAUCCAGGCCAUCAUACAGCACCCGGACGCUGAUUGGCAGAGGUCUUGGAUUGGCUGUGCCCUGUGGCAGAAUCUGCCGACCUACGUGCGCUGCCGGGAUACCCACCUCGUCUUCGUCCUGCAGGACUUCGUCAGGCACGGCUCUGGAGAGCAGGUCGUGAGCCUGGGGGCUCUCCUGAGCUACCUCAUCGUCGACGUGACCGCCACGAAGGACGGCUGCGUCCUCUACAGGGAGCUCUGCGAGCACCCGCACACCAGGCAGGAGGCGGUGGCCGCGCUGCAGGGCGCGGCCGCGCGGCUGUGCGAGCGCAAGGAGAGCCGUCGCCUGGUGGCAGGCGUCCUCGGCGGGCCAGCGGAGGCCCCCCGGGAGACGCCUGCCGUGCCGGCGGCGGUCGGUGCCGGGCGGGCGGGCGCGGGGCUGCCCGGCUUGGCGCAGGGCCCGCAACCCGCCACCCUGGACACGUCGACGGGGCAGGCGACGGGCCUCGGCCUGGCCCACGUCAGCCAGGCCUCCGCGUGGGCGCACUUGCUGGACGACCUCGACAACGACGACUACGCCGUGCUCCAGCGCUUCCGCCUCGGGGACCACCACGAUGACUCUGCGGUGGACGGCUUCGAGGACGACGAGACGUGGGCGCCGCCCAGGACGCCGCGCUACCAGUGA